AGUUCUCAUCAAUAUUGAAGUGAUGCCUCGCAUGCUACCCGUUCGCUACUUACAGAGAAUAUAUGAAAGUUUCAUUAGCCCAUCGGCAUCCAUCCAUACACACGCACACUCGUUAAUUCUUCACGCGCGCACACACUCACACACACCACGAGGAGCGGAUGCGAAGUAAUAGAGAGGGACAUACCUGACUAUCGUUGUCUGGGAGUCGAGCGUCAUGUAGCUAUGGUAAAAGGACGCCAUUCGUUGCAGAAUAUCACACAUUUGGCGGUAGGAUUCUGCUUUCAUGCCAAAGAAGAGAUAUUUGUGGAUGAUUUAUAAUUUCGGAUUAUGCAGAAAAUGGAAAGGUGAUAUGAUCAUCAUUUUUGUGUGCAUCGGAGAUUAUGGAGGUCGUGUAUAAACUAGAAAUGAUUGCUCGCAUCUCACACGGACAACGUUUAUUGUAAUUUAGGUCAGAUAAUUUUAACACGAUGAAUUUGUGAAGAUAUUUGUGAGCUACUGAAUUGCAUGAAUCUGACGGAAAUCGGAAGGCAACAUGGGAUGCGGGGCAUCCCAGAAGAUGAAACAAAUUGAGCACGAGGAGAAGGAAAGAUUAAAGAGAAAACAAGACGAUAUGGACAAUAAGGAGGGUGAAGAAUUUGAAGAGGAAGAAGUAAUGGACGAGCAUGGUAACAAGAAGAAAAAGAGGAAAAAGAAAAAGAAGAAGCCCGAGAAAGACGAACAUUUGUUGUUGACCUUCAAAGGACAUAAGAAAUGUAUAAACUGCAUGUCGAUGAGUGAAGAUGGGAGUUACAUUGCAACAGGGAGUGACGACAAAACGGCAAGGGUUUGGAACGUUUUCGAUGGAUCCUUGAAGGCCAUUCUCAAGGGCCACACCGGUUACAUCACUUGUUGCCAAAUAUACGAGGAGUUCGUCUUUACGGGUAGUGCUGAUCGCACGAUUAGGAAAUGGAACAUCGACGAAGGCACGCAGGAACUGGUGAUCGAAGGCCACGGUGGGGCCAUCAACCGUCUUAUUUGUACCGGAGACUUUCUCUUCACCAGCUCGUAUGACAAGACGGCGAUGUGCUGGGACCCUGAUGAUGGGGAACUGCUUCACAUCUUCCGUGGUCAUUCGCGAUCCGUUACUCCAUUGAUGUACAUUCCCGCCGAAGAUGCCAUGAAGGAAGAUGUGGUUGACAUGGAUCUCAACAAGGAUAUCCUCAUCACGGGAAGUGCUGAUGGAACUGCCAGGGCGUGGAACAUGGACUCGGGAGACUGUAUGAUUACGUACCGUGGCCAUAAAGCAGCCAUACACUGUCUUGGAGCUGACAGUACUGGAACAGUGCUUUAUACAGGGAGUGGCGACUUUACAGUUAAUAGUUGGAACAUUAACACAGGAGAGAUCUUUAAGACUUUUACAGGCCACCAAGGAUCGGUUAUCUGCUUACAGGUUAUAAACAAAUUGAUGUAUACUGGUAGCGCAGAUCAGACAGUUCGAUGCUGGGUGACAGAGUUUGGAGAUCUUACUAGGACAUACGAAGGACAUAAACACACAGUACAGUCCGUCAAAUUUCGAGAUGGAUUAGUGUACACUGCUUGUGGUGACGGCUUUGCCCGGGUAUACGAUGCGAAAUCAGGUGCGCUGAAGAGGACGUUCAAAGGACACGAAGGGGCGGUUUACUCCAUUUUGUUGCUGGACGGAAAGCUUGCUACCUCAUCUUUCGAUGGGUCGGUGAACAUCUAUGACUGCGCCGACAUCAAAGACGAGAUCACCAGCUUCGGUGAUGACGAAGAGGAGAAGGAGAAAAAGAAGAAGGAAAAGGAAGAGAGGAAGAAGAAAGAGAAAGAGCGGAAGGAGAAGGCCAAACAGGAAAAAGAAAAGGCCAAACAAGCCAAAAUCGAGGCCAAGAAAGCUUUGGAUCAGCAAAAGCUCGAGACUGCUAAGAAGCUGAAGGAAAAGAGAGACGCUGAGAAGAAGAAGAAAGAGGAGGCGGAGAUGGAGGGACAGACGGAAGAAAACAAUAAGGCGGAUAAGGAUAGCCUCCCGGAGAAGAAUGACUUUGAGAACAAUGAGAAGGACGAUGAUGGGGAUGUAGAGAUGUCAUCUGAGAAGAAAGAUAGCGAGAAGGGAGACGACGAUGAUGACGAAAGGCUUAUGAGAGAAAUUGAGCAGAUGGAUACUAACUAAUGAAAGAUUUUGCUUUUGCUUCAGAUUAAAGCCUCUCAUAAAGUUCAAAAUUUCAGUCGAGUUGUGAAAGUUAACACGGAACCAAGUAGGAAAGUGAUUAUACAACAA